AUGCUCCUGUGCUGCCCCCGUGCUCCUGUGCUGCCCCCGUGUUCCCGUGCUGCUCCCGUGCUGUCCCCGUUUUCCCGUGCUGCCCCCGUGUUCCCAUGCUGCCCCCGUGCUGCCCCGUUCUGCCUGUGUCGUGCCCGUUUCCGUGCCCGUGUUGCCCCGUUCAGCCCGUGUCCUGCCCCGCUCUGCCCGUGUUGCCCCGUUGUCCCCGUGUUGCCCCGUUCAGCCCCCCGUGGCCUGCCCCGUUCAGCCCGUGUUAUGCCCUAUUCUGCCCGUGUUGCCCCGUUCAGCCCGUGUCUGCCCCGUUCAGCCUGUGUUUUGCCCUGUUCUGCCCAUGUUGCCCGGUUCAGCCCGUGUCCUGCCCCGUUCUGCCCGUGUUGCCCCGUUCAGCCCGUGUCCUGCCCCGUUCUGCCCGUGUUGCCCUGUUCUGCCCGUGCUGCCCCGCUCUGCCCGUUUGUGCCCUACCCAUGCUGUCCGUACCCGUUGGUGCCCCACCCGUGCUGUCAGUUCUCGCUCGUGCCCCACCUGGUCUGUGCUGCCCGGUCUCGUGCUGCUCGUCACCCCCGUGCGGCCCGUCCCAUACAGCACCUAGUUGCUACCCGAACCCGCUACCCGUACCCGUGCUCCUCGCACACCGUGCACCAGCUGCGGGGCGUUCAACCGCAGCCGGGCACCUGUUCCACCGCGGUGGUUCAGAUGCUACUUGGUGGUUGCUGCUUGUCAGCUUCAGAGGGGGCCCCUUGCUGGUGUUCCCACGCCGUGUAA